GCAAUUAACAUAAGCAAUCGAAAUAUAAACAACUUCUCCCCAAUUUAUUAACAGUCGCCUAAUUUUUCCUAUCCAAAACAGGUGCAAUUUUCAUGUUCGAUUCUGAGGAAAAUGGUUUUACUUUGCUUUAGUGUGUUGAUGUUUUUGUGUGUGUUGAGGAGAAUUCAAGCCCUGCCGUUGGACUAUGAUGCGGAUUCUAUGCCAGAUUUAUCGUAUUUAGGGGAUAGAGUUUAUAGAAAUCCCAGUCUUGAGACUGGGAAGCUUUUGGAGGAGUGGAACGCAACUUCGGAACUGAAUCCGGAAGAACUGGGCGAAUAUGCUGAGGGAGAUAUAGUGUUUCCUAAAAAGGGAAGAAACGGCCUGGUUUCCCAAACUGCUAGGUGGCCGAAGGGCGUAAUUCCCUAUGAAAUCAACGGGAAUUUCGAUUCAGACAGCCUGAACAUGAUCAAUCGGGCAAUCAACAUUUACCACAAAUACACCUGCAUUAAAUUCCGCAAGCGCACUGCUUCAGAUACCGACUACUUAACAAUAGUCAAUACCCAUACAGGGUGUUGGUCCAGUGUUGGCCGCAUCGGCGGCAAGCAGGAGGUGAAUCUUCAAAGUCCUUCCUGCACUACCAAGGUGGGAACUCCCGUUCACGAACUCAUGCACGCUGUGGGUUUUUUGCACGAGCAAAACCGCGCCGAACGCGACGACUUCGUUUCCAUCGCAUGGCAGAACAUCAGACAAGGGCACGAGAACAACUUCGAUAAGGCCGAUGAAGACAAAACAACAGGAUAUGGGGUGCCGUAUGACUACAGAUCGGUUAUGCAUUAUUCAAGUACGGCGUUUUCAGUGAAUGGAAGGAAAACGAUCAUUCCCAAGGACGCAUCGAAACUAGAGAAAAUGGGCCAACGCGACGGAUUCAGCAAAGGAGACUUGACGAAAAUCAACCAAAUGUACAAAUGCCCCGAGAAAACGGCCGAGAUAACAGGCAGCAAGCCAACUCCAGAUACUACCGAAAACAAAGAAAAUAGCAAUCCACUAAUCGGGGUGGCGCAAGGUAUUUUAGGCUGGCUUUUCCACCGAAAAUAGACGUUGGAAAGUGCACGAACACUAAACAAUUUAUUGUCGGUUGCUUGAUAACUACGGCUUCAAACUGCAUAAAACAACCGAAUGAAAACAUUAAUUUAAUAUAGAAGCUCUAUUUACAAUAUUAUAGUCAGUACAACGUACCUACAGUUAACACUUUAAUAGUAUACAUUCUACAGCCGUCAAACAGUAACAGAGUUAAUGAAAUCUUCCAAACUAGAUGCCUGCUUUACUUCGCAUCCAUUGCUAGUUGAUGUACUAAAUAAAAUGCAUAAAUCUUGCAGGAACAGGACGGAGGUUACCAAACAAAACAACUCUUGUAGUUGUAAACAGGUUGUUUAGUGUAAUAAUUAAUGGCACAGUCUAGAAAAUCACACCAACUCCCUUAGAUAGCAAUUAAACAGUCAAUUCGUAACAUCUAAUACUGCAAAACAAAUCUCGCAAUCCAAUCAACAAACAAUCAGAUUUCGAUGGUUGCCAUCCACGUUUGCACUGGGAGAAAUAAAAAAGCUGGCUACUUUCCUUAUGAAAACACUAAUUUGGACUUCGAUGCUGAUAUGUUUAAAGCAACAUUGUCUCCUUAAUUCCAUGAUAAAUUACUGUAUAAUUUCCUUAUUGAUUAGCAGGUUGCUUGGUUGAAGGAAAGCAAUGAAAAGGAAGGAGGUUUUCAUCGCCUCGGAGUGUAAGUGGGACUUUGCUUGAAUAAACCCGUUUCCAAAGCU